AUGACUAGUUGGCUCAUUUACUCUUGCAAGCCUACCUCUGAAGAAGAAAAGUUCAUCAAAUCCAACAUUGCCAAGAUCAAUCAAAAGAAUCCUGACUCCCUUGGAGAUCUACCAUUUGUUUCCGUCGUGGACUUAGAAGGAGUCCAAGAUCAAAUUCAAAAACUUGGUGAAGAAGAUGAACUUGAAGCAGACAAAAUCAAAGAAGACAUACCAACUGUGGAACAGUCUGAUGUCGUAACAAUCAUUGGACCAAAUUGGGAGGUAGUUGCCACAGAAGUCGAAGGGAAACCGUAUCGAACAGGCGCCUUUUUAGUACGUCCAGAGCGGCGUGUAGGCGCUGGAGGAGGUAUAGGCUGUGGAGGCGGUGAUGGUGAAUCUAUGAUUGGUGAAUCCGCUCUAAUCGGAGUAGAAGGGAUGUUGGAACCCUUGGCUGGUGAAGAUUCUUCAGAUUCAGUCUCCGGAACUGGGGUAAUCUUGGAUGGGGCUACCGAAUUGGUAAAUUCAGGCAGCAGUAGUUCCUCCGGAACAUUAGGUGAUAAAGUCGGAUGUAAACCAGGAAAGGUUUCUUCUUGGUAG